UAAUUCAAUUAAACAGACGAAUUAAAAUAAAUUGAAUGAUUUAUAAAACGUGUUUAAAGUGUUAAGGUGGAAUUAAGUCGGUCUUAAGUUCUACAGAAACACAGGACGGAUGAGUUCAGCACGUUUCCACACGCACAGAAAGAACCAUGUUCUGGUACAACGAUCACCACUCAACCCCAAACCAUCGUCCAGAUCCACCACCAGAAGAUCUGAGAGCUACUUAGAGAGGUUGCCACCGGAGCUGAUCGUGAAGAUUCUGUCCUAUUUGGACGCCGGCUCUCUGUUCUGCAUCAGCUUCGUUAACAAGAGUUUUAACGAGCUCGCCAACGACAAUGCAACAUGGUACCACCUUUACUCCCACCGACGAGCAAACGUGGUGACGUCCGGACCGGUGCAGCACCUGACCGACGGACUGGACGCGGCCAGCGUUCAGGAGAAGCGCAAGGGAUUCUGGAGGAGACGGUUCUUCAGAGAUCUGUCCGGCCCACACAAGGACUGGAGGAAAGAACUCAGAGUCGUCCAUCCUUACACCGGCCUGCCACGCCGAACCGCCCAGCUCCUCAGGACUCUGUGUAUCCAGUGGGAGAUCACGGUGAGGGGUGUAAGAGGACGGGAGAACAGAACGGCACACACUCGGGUUUAUUUUAGCCAAGCCUCCGUCACCGUGAGCUGGACUUCAGGGAACUGGCCCACGCUCGAUAAACCCACCACACUGGAAGUGCACGGAGUGAUGCCAGUGCCCAUUAACUGCCCACUCGCAUUCAGACCGGGUCGGCGGUCCCUCCUUAAUACGGCGGUGCUGAAUAAGGGUGUCGGUACACCGUGUGGUUCAGACGGACUCGUCAGGUUGCUGUAUAUAGAGAAGGGAUUAACUCUGGGGGUCUGGAAGGAUCAACAGGAAGUGGCUUUUGUUUUGUUGAACCUUCAUCAUCACAGACUGGUGGAGAGGAAUCUGCUCGGCUCCUCCACCACCAUGUAUGAGCCGGGCCGAGCGGCGGCUCGCUUCGACGACCUCGAUCCUGAAUACGGGCUGCACAGCUACUCGGUCCACACCGAACUGCACAACACGGAGACGAGCAUCACCUCCACUCGCUUCACCCAGCUGCACUGCAGGAGAGAUCAGAUAGACGGAGGUUACGUCCUGCUGAGGGUUCUUCAGAAGGAGAACAGGUCCAGUCACGUCCCUCUGUGUGCAAACAUCAGCCUGCCGUGGAGAACCGAAGCUCUGCAGGGAUGCAUCCAGAACUGCUGUAUUUUGACGCUGACGCUUUUCGACGAAGCUCAGACGCCGUUCUGGUGCGUCAGCGCUCCCGUGGCUAUAUCUAAAUCAAACCCGGCGGAGGUUCUGUACGACCGGGCCGGAGAGAGCUUCUCCAUCCGGUACCAGGAUGCAGAAGGGAAGCUGGAGAUAGUGCUGGAGGAGGAGGAGGAGGUGCUGGAGGAGACACGCUACGUCAUGGUUCAGUUUGACAUUUUUAUUCCGCUCAGUAAACUGAACAGCCACUUCGGGAGGAAUUACUGACGCUCGUCUCCAGGAAUUUCACAAACGGGAUCCAGAAACGGGCGCGGUUCAUGAAAUCGAACAGAAUCGGAACGUGAAAGAGCGUCGUUUAUUAUUGGUGUGUUUAAAUAUCGGCAAUGAUUCGAAAUCUACAUGUUAAUCUGUUAUAAUUAACGUUAUAACGAUCUCUGAUCAUUAGCUCUGUGAUAUGUGAGGGUUUAGUGUCACAUGAGGCAACCAACAGAGUUUUAAUAUUGAUCACGUACUUAAAUAAGCAGCUUUAAGAUUCAGAGAUUCAAUAUCAGCAACAAAUGGAGCUUUGUUAUUUUUGUGUGUCAAAGCCUCGUGCACCAAGAUGCUUAGCUUGGUAUAAGGAGCAACCACCGUGGACCCCUGAGCUUCUCAUAUUAAGAUUUUCCACUUACUUACACACAUUUACAUUUGUACUGUUUUCAUAUCACUGGCAGCUAAUAAAUGUGAAGUUCUUUUAAACUAGCAGGUGCACCCUAUGGCGCAGACACUCUUUUCAGGCCAUGUGCUCCUAAUAUAUCACUCACUCACUCACUGUCUUAACCAUUUAUCCAAUUAGGGUCACAGGGGGCGCUAUCCCAGCUUUUCAAUGGGCGCAAGGCACACAGUAACACCCUGGACGAGGCGCCAGUCCAUCACAGGGCAGACACACACACACACAUACACACACACACACACACACACACACACACACACAUUCACCUAUAGGGCAAUUCAGGGUCUCCAAUUAUCCUGACUGCAUGUUUUUGGACUGUGGGAGGGAACCGGAGCUCCCGGAGGAAACCCACGCAGACACCGAGCCACCGUGCCGCCCUCUUAAAAUCAUAUAAGGUAUAAAGUAUAAGGUACUGGACUAGUAAUCAGGAGGUUGCCAGUUCAAGCCCCACCACUGCCAGGUUGCCACUGUUGGGCCCUUGAGCAAGGCCCUUAACCCUCAAUUGCUCAGACUGUUUACUGUCACAGUACUGUAAGUCACUUUGGAUAAAAGCGUCUCCUAAAUGCUGAAAAUGUAAAUGUAGAAUGUGUGGGGUUCCGUUUAUUUAUUAAUAAAAUAACGGUGGUGGUCACAUA